AUGGCGCUCGGCGCCCUGAUGGUGGUCAUCACCGACCCGCUGCCCAAGCUGCUGCGCCUCGUCUACUUCCCGGACUCGGCGCUGAACCUGACGGCCGUCUGCCGCCUGACCGAGGUGCUGGCCUGCGCCGCCACCGGGAGCUGCGUCUGGUUCACAGUCGCCUUCACCUGGGACCGCUUCGUGGCCAUCUGCUGCUUCAGGCUGAAGGCGCGCUACUGCACCGAGCGGGUGGCCACCGCCGCCCUCAGCCUGCUGGCCGUCCUCAGCUGCCUGGAGUGCACCCCCUGGUACUUCGUCUAUGAGCCCGAGUACGUGGUGGGCGGCGUGUCCUGGGGCUGCCAGGAGAAGGGCAGCUACUAUCUGUCGGCCGCCUGGGCCUCCUACGAGCUGGCGCACCUGCUGCUCGCCCCCUGCGUCCCGUUCCUGCUGAUCCUGCUGCUGAACGGGCUCACCGUCCGCCACGUCCUGCUGGCCAGCGGCGCCCGCAGGCGGCUGCGCUCCGGCGCCCGGGACCCCGAGCUGGAGAACCGGCGGCGCUCGCUGGUCCUGCUCUUCGCCAUCACGGGCAGCUUCGUCCUGCUGUGGCUGACCAAGGUCACCUUCCACAUCUACCACCGCGCCGUGCCCUACUCGUACGUGGACAACGCGGCGGGCUACGCGGCGGAGAGCGCCGGCGACAUGCUGCAGGUCCUCAGCACCUGCACCAACACCUUCGUCUACACGGUCACCCAGAGCAGGUUCCGGCAGGAGCUGGUGCGGGGCCUCACCCUCCCGCUGCCCCGCCUCCUGCGCUCACUCACCUGA